AUGUCCGCCUUGACCUGGCGACUUGCGCUCCGUUCAAAGCACAUUGUCCGACCCCUCAUCAGUAGCACUAGAUUAUUCCGACGAACCCUCAGCACCACCACUACCACCACCAGUGCCACCCAGCCCAAAGAAACAGCCAUGGACAAGAAACCCAGCCCCGACACCAAACCCGGCUCCAUCCUCGCCUGGGCCGACCAGAAAACCGGCGAAUUCAAACGCCAAACCAGCACCUUCCGAAACUUCAUCUCGCGCUCAGCCGGCGCCGAAUUCCCUCCCGAAGCAAACCGCUAUCACCUCUAUGUCUCGUACGCCUGCCCAUGGGCCCACCGCACGCUCAUUGUACGCGCACUCAAGGGCCUGCAAGACAUCAUCUCCUACUCGAGCGUGCACUGGCACAUGGGCCCAAAAGGCUGGCGCUUCGCCACCGCCGACGAAGUAGACAGCCUGCCCGGCCACACGAUCCCAGACCCAUGCCACACGGACACCACGCAUAUCCGCGACAUUUACUUUGCGCAGGACCCGGACUAUAGCGGGCGGUUUACCGUGCCCGUGCUAUUUGACAAGACGACGGGGCGGAUUGUGAGUAAUGAGAGUGCGGAGAUUAUUCGCAUGCUGUACGUCGAGUUUGAUGGGUUGGUUGGGGAGGCGUAUCGUGGGGUGGAGUUGUUGCCUGAGGGGUUGAAGGGGGAGAUUGAGGAGAUGAAUGGGUGGGUUUACGAGGGGGUUAAUAAUGGGGUUUAUAGAGCUGGUUUUGCUACCACACAAGAAGCCUACACCAAAGCCGUAACCCAACUCUUCGACUCCCUCGACCGUCUAGAAUCCCACCUCGCCUCCUCUUCAACCCCAUACUUGCUCUCGUCCCCGCACGUCACCGAGACGGACAUCCGCCUCUUUACAACGAUUAUCCGCUUCGACCCCGUCUAUGUCCAGCAUUUCAAAUGUAAUAUUCGUGAUAUCAGAUCGGGUUAUCCGUGUCUUCAUCGCUGGAUGAGACAUCUUUACUGGGACUACCCCGCCUUCAAAUCUACAACUCAAUUCGAGCACAUCAAGAAUCACUACACCAAGAGUCAUGGCCAGAUUAAUCCAUUUUCUAUUACGCCGCUCGGGCCCGUGCCGGAUGUUUUGCCAAAGGAGGACGAGGUGCCUGCUGUCAAGGCCGUGGUUGGGGGGAAGUGA